UGUGUCAAAUGACGGAAUCGAAAGAACAACAACCAAACUUAAUAUAUUGGCAUUGGCAGUCGCACAAAAAUCUAAAAUCUGCGAAGUUCUGGCAUAUAAAUAUAAAAUCUUUAAUUAUUUCGUGAAAUAACGCAACUCCCUUGUUUGCAUACUAAUUUAGAAAUUUGGAUUUUGAUAAAUAACUUUGAACAAAUACACUCAAAUACGAAAAGUUGCGAGUUGCUGUUGCAACAACAAAACUGCGUGGUUAAACGCAAAGACACAACAGUGAAUAAUAAGCACGCGAAAACGAAAGUUCGACUGGUAUCUAUAAAAUUGUUACCCUUACUUCAACCCGCCCAGUUGCAUUUACGCUAACGGCUACGGCUUGGAUAACGAAACUCUUCCAAUUGCCAAACAAAAAAGAUGUCUGUAGCAGAAUUUCUUAAGGACCUUCCGAGUCACAAUGCACAAAACUUUUCGCAAUUUAAUAUGGAACAAGGACUUCGUACAUCACAGAAAAGGCCUUCCGUAUAUCUACCUACAGAAGAUGUGCCAUCGGAGCAGCACAUUGUGAUGGAUAAACGAUGCGUGUUAUUGAGAUAUCUUAAACAACAAUGGGACAAGAAGACAUUACCUCGGAAACGUGAUCACACUAACGGCGAUGCAAACGUAGGAAAUGGUACAGCGAAUAAUAGUUGUAAAAAGCGUCCACGAUUAGAUAUAAACCAGUUGGCUUAAAACACUUUGGAUUGUGAGCUGUAAAGUGGGCGGGGCAUCGAGCGCAGCACGAAUAAUCAAAUUGUGUCUGGGAUGCGCUUAAGAAUAUGACAACUUGCUGUCUACUAAAUUUAUUUAAUAAUUUACUAAGAAUUUAAUUAUUUUUAGUUUGUAUUAAAAAAACAACACUUAAACAAAUUUUUUGUUUGUAUAGCAUUUUCCUUAAUGCUAUACAAAAUCAACGAAUUAUAAUCGGUAACUUUAACCCAAACUAAAUAUAUAUUUUUCUGAAUAAUUUUAAAAUCCUUGUAAAAAGGGGUUCUGUACAAACAUCCAAACAAUAGUUUUCAGCUUGUUAAAUAUGGUGCAAAUAGACACCUAGCCAUUACACAUUAGUUGUUAAGGUAUUAUUUUCUAAAUAUUUGAAUAUAAGCAAUUUUGUAAGUCGCAACUCACAUUAACGGAAACUUGGAAAUAACUUGUACUAAACAUUAAAUUCAUACAUGCACGCAUCAA